AUGUUGCAAGAGAAACUUGUUAGUCAUGGAGGAAGGGUAGACGCAACAAAAAUCUUUACUGCAGAAGAACUUGAGAAGGCCACAAACAAUUACCAUGAAAGUAGAGUCAUCGGUGAAGGAGGCCAUGGAACUGUAUACAAAGGAAUAUUAUCAGCAGAUAACAAAGUGGUCGCCAUAAAGAAGUCGAGAGUUGGGGCUCGAACUCAAAGUGAUCAAUUUGUUAAUGAGCUCAUAGUUCUUUCUCAAAUCAAACACAGAAAUGUGGUGAGACUUUUAGGUUGUUGUUUUGAGACAGAAGUGCCUUUACUAGUAUACGAGUACAUCACCAAUGGCACUCUUUCUGAGCAUUUGUUCCAUAAUAGAAAGGGCAAAAGAUCAUCACUACUUCCGUGGGAAUUGCGAUUGAAAAUAGCAUCAGAAACUGCAGGAGCACUCGCGUACUUACACUCUUCCACUUCUACACCAAUCAUACACCGAGAUGUGAAAACAACAAACAUAUUGCUGGACGAAAACUACACAGCCAAAGUGUCAGAUUUCGGAGCUUCGCGUUUCAUUCCUCUAGAUCAAACCGAAGUAGCUACAUUAGUGCAGGGGACAAUGGGAUACUUAGAUCCCGAAUAUCUCCAAUCGAAUACGUUGACAGAAAAGAGCGAUGUCUAUAGCUUUGGAGUCGUCCUAGCUGAGCUAUUAACAGGCAAAGUUGCAGUUUCUUUUGCCAGGCCCGAGUCAGAAAGAAGCCUAGCAUAUUUGUUUGUUUCCUCAAUUGAAAAACAAUGCCUGAUUCAAGUUCUUGAUGCUGACAUGGUGAACGAGGGAAAUGUCGAGACGGUUGAGCAGGUGGCAAAUCUGGCAAAAAUUUGUCUAAAGGUAAGAGGGGAGGAAAGGCCUACAAUGAAAGAAGUGGCCGCAGAGUUAGAUGGAAUGAGAAUUGCAGCAAAACAUCCAUGGAAAAAUGAUGAUUUGUGCGUAGGGGAGACUCAUGAGUACUUGUUAGGGUCUUCUAAUUCCAAGGCAUACAUUGAAGGUGAAGUUAUUUCUAGUGGUUCAACUAGUAGGUAUGCCAAUGCCAGCAUGCAAAUUGAAAUGUUAAAGUCCUAUGAUGAUGGUAGAUAA